AUGAGGAAACCAAAGGAGGGGCAAAAUGUAGCACAGGGGACUGGGAGCCUGGCAAGCAGACAGGGAAAGCAAAGUAGGGAGGGAGACGCGGGCCGGGGGACUGUGGAGACUUUAGGUCAGGGGGCGGGGGAGGGGAGCUGUGUCCAUAUAAGGCGGGCUUGCGGCCCCUGCUCUCCCGGAGCAGCGCAGCGCCGGCAGGGGCUGCCCGUCCCGAAGACCGGGCGCGGCGAGAUGGAGUCCCCCACCGCCUUCUCGGGCUUCCCGGCCCUGCCCUCUGUCGCGCCGUCGGGGCCACCGCCGUCGCCGCUCGCCGGAGCCGAGCCCGGGCUGGAGCCCGAGGAGGGGGCCGCGGGCCGCGGGGAGCCGGAGCCCCCGCCCGGCGCGGGGCGGCGGCGCCGGCGGCCCCUGCAGCGCGGGAAGCCGCCCUACUCGUACAUCGCGCUCAUCGCCAUGGCCCUGGCGCACGCCCCAGGCCGCCGCCUCACGCUGGCCGCCAUCUACCGCUUCAUCACCGAGCGCUUCGCCUUCUACCGCGACAGCCCGCGCAAGUGGCAGAACAGCAUCCGCCACAACCUCACGCUCAACGACUGCUUCGUCAAGGUGCCCCGCGAGCCGGGCAACCCGGGCAAGGGCAACUACUGGACGCUGGACCCGGCGGCCGCCGACAUGUUCGACAACGGCAGCUUCCUGCGGCGCCGCAAGCGCUUCAAGCGCGCGGAGCCGCCCGCGCCCGCGCUCGACCCCCCGGGACCCGCCGCGGGCGCGCCGCCCGGCCCCUUCGCGCCCUUCCCGCCCGGCCCCGGGCUGCUCGCGCCGCUCCCCGUCGCCCCCGGGCCCGCGCCGCCCGCGCGCCUCUUCAGCGUCGACAGCCUGGUGAGCCUGCCGCCCGAGCUGGCGGGGCUGGCGGCCCCCGAGCCGCCCUGCUGCGCCGCGCUCGACGCCGCCUUCCCGCUCUGCGCGGCCGCCGCCUCCCCGCCGCUCUACGAGCCAGCCCCCGACCGCCUGGGGCUGCCCCCGGGCGCCCCCGGCCCCGGCCCGCUUCCCGCCGAGCCGCUGCUGGCCUUGGGGGUGCCGCCGGGCGCGCUCGGCCCGCUCGGCCCGGGGGAGGCCUACCUGAAGCAGCCUGGCUACACGCCCGGGCUGGAGCGCUACUUGUGAGCCCUUCCCCACCGACUGGGGCCGCCUGGAGGUCCUCUCACCCCCAGGACUGGGGUGCUGCCUGGGAGGGGCCCCCUUCCCCUCUUGGCUUGGGUCCACCUCUGAGCUCCCCAUCUUUGCCUCUUGGACCGAGCACACCUGUUACCUCUUAAUCUGUAUCCCAUCUAUGGGGAGAAUCCUACAAUCGGACUGACUGCCCCUCACAUCCCCCCAAUAUGUGAGCCCCUCCUUUCUUCUUACACUGUGAGUCCCACUAAGCGCCCCCGCCCGCGCCGCGCGCUGUUGUUGGUGCCGGGUCCCUAAGCUGGAUCACUACCCACGAACCUCCGCCGCAGGUUUCUGGCGAAUUCCAAGCGUUCAGAAGCCAGGCCUUCCUUCCAUCUCAAGCUGCCUCCAGGACUGGCUCCUUAUCUAAACAUUCCCUCCAGUUUUUAUACUACAUUAGAGGUCAAACUCCUGGGUUCGCGACUCCCUGGCUCUCUUCCUUCGUUUCCCACAAGUUUAUCCCCAACGCCGCUUACCUGCCUGUCCUCAGUUUCUUACUGGGAGAGUGCUGCCCCCUUCUACACAGACACACCUGGCUGCGUGGUUUCUGGCCCUGAGGCCAGUUCUGAGACAAGCAGCACCAGGGGCUCCUGACUGAAAAGGAGUUAGUAGGCUACCCACUAUCUGGAAGAUUUAGGACUGACUCAUUAGGUUAUUAUUUUUUUAAAAUUAAAGCCGGUCUGAUUAAAAAGAAGGAAAGGUUUCUCUGGGCUCAGUGUGCUGGCUGGUGCCUGGGCGGGGAGUGGUCUGGGGAGAUAGUGGGUGAGGUUUGUUCAGGGUCUUUGGUUGUCACACAGCGUGAGCCCCUUGUGGGUCAUCAGCUCAUGAAGUAAGGUUAGGAUGGGAUGGACCAUAGCUGUGCCCAUAGUAAGCCCAGAAAAUACUACCACUUGCUGCACCCCCAGAGGCUGGCAGAGAUGAAAUGUGUGUGCACGUGAGAGUAUUUGGGCCUGUGGGUUUUUGGCUGUGUGUGAUUAUUUCCAGCUUCCACGGGUAAGGGAGCAGUGACCACUCCUACAACUACUUAUUGAAUGUGCUAGGCUUUGGGAACAGAGGCAUCACGAAACAAAUGGGCAAGAUCCCUGGCUUAUGGUGGCUAGGGACCAAAUAGGAAGAGACAUUGCCAGUCACUCAGAGAAAUGAGAUAAGUGCUCCAUAGCCUUGGACUCGAAGUGCCGUCCAUGGACCUUCACCUUAUUAGAUAUGCACAGUCUCAGGCUCCCCUUCAGACCCAUGGAAUCAUCAGAUUCUGCAUCUGAACAGAAUUUGCUGGUGAUUAGCAUACAGUA